AUGGCGGUUCAAAAUAAAGUCCUGUAUGCAUUUCGCGGGUGGAUAGCCUUCGUGGCGUUUGUGGAUUUGGGAACCGCUGGGCGGUCUUAUAUAGAAAGAAGAUCAUUUUUAAGUAAUAAUGGGGACAGUGAUCACUUAGACGGUGACUUCACGAUAUCUCGUAUGCUUGGCAUGUACUCAGUGCUGAAAGCUCUGGCACUUAUUCACUGCACACUCUAUAUACAUUACAAACCAGUGGUAUCAAUGGGCUAUUGGUCACUAACAUUGACCAUCAUUUUGUACUUCACGGAGGCCUUCUAUUUUCAUUCCACUAAUCUAAACUUCUACAUCGUAUUCCCUUGUAUAUUAAACAUAAUCACUCUCCUAGGACUUAUUUACCUGCCAGGUAAGCUGAAACUAUGGGGAACGUUGCCUGGAACCUCGGGUAUGGACAGGGAGGAUGACGACGAAAAUGUACAAAUCUUACGACAAAUGGGCAACUUUAGACGGAGGAAAGCUGGCCAUCCCAUAAAAAACAAGCACGUCUGA